AUGGUCAGAGUUUCUCGCCUCGCAACCGGCCUCGGCGCCGCCGCCAGUGUCGUCUCGGGUCUCACGAUCCCUGAUGUCGACGAGAAUGGUGUGCAGGUCGCGCUGGGUUUCGACCCCACGCAGGCCUUCUAUGUGGCCGAGAGCAGCGUCCACACCGAGACUGUCAACUACGACCCAGCCGUGCUGCUCGCCAUGGGCGACCUUGUCGCCGAGCCGAGCAACCACACCGACGUUGAGCUGGCUGAGAGAGCCAUCUACGGAGCCGAUGACCGCCAGAACUGGGAGGACGGCAACUACCCGUACUCUGCGAUCGGCAAGGUCAGGUGGUCCAACGGUGUCUGGUGCACUGGUACUCUCGUUGGUCCCCGCCACGUCAUCACGGCUCGCCACUGCACUCCCACCAACGGCGAGAACGUGAGCGUCCGCUUCUCGCCCUUCUACUACAACGGCGAGACCAGAUAUCCGGGCUCGCAGGUGACGACCUACAUCUACUCUACCGACACCUCGGGCUCCUGCCUUUACGGUCUGGACUGGGCCAUCCACAUCCUCCAGGACCGCAUCGGUGAGCAGCGCGGCUACUUUGGCGCGCGGACCAUGUCGAGCCAGUGGCUGAACCGUGACAUCUUUUACAACGGCCCCUCCCCAGUCGGCUACCCCGGCGACCGCAACAACGGCGAGCGUCCCAUCCGCUCCGGCGGUAGCCGCCUCUUCGAGUCGGGCGGCUGUGGCAGCGACAGCCCGACGCUCGGCAACAUCGACACCGCCGGCGGCCAGUCUGGCGGCCCCAUCUGGGAGUACCCCGGCACCGGCGACCGAUACGUCAUGGGCACGCUGUACGGCUCCUCGUCGGCCUCGUCUGUGUGGGCAACCGGCCAGACCCUGGUUAAUGCGGUAAUUUCCGCCCGCAACGACUUCCGCUAA